AGUAAUCAUUCUACGAACAGAACAGGGGGUGAAUGUGCAAAAGGCACGUUUGAUGUUAAGUUUUCACUUUCAUUCAUCAUAUCUGAUGCCAAUGAAAACUCUCAAUACCAUGUCUGCAUUUGCCGGCCUUUUUAAGAAUUGGACACUUUAUAUCCUUCCAAUCGAUCAUAUAACCAGCAGUCAAAUUCAAACAGCCGAGUGAUCAUCAUCAUUUUUGUUAGCCCUUCAAGAUGUGUAAAUUUUUCGGAGUUCUAAGCUUGGCUUACGUCGCAGUUUUCGCGUUCGCGAUGGUGAAUUGUGAGGAUGUGUCUGAGAAGGGAUUUUUGGAUUAUCUAAGUAAAGAUAACAGCGUGGGCAGAACGUUUGGCCACAAUGCUCUGAAACGACUGUCCUUCAUCUUCUUACCGGUGAUGUUCACUCUAGGAGUCAUCUCUACUCUGUUAAUGGCGCUGGCGGUUAUAUCAGUCAAAAAUCUUGCUAUUGGUGUCAUGCUUUUAAUUGUAACAGUCAGUCAGGCUGUUUCCCGACUAUUCUCAGCAGCACCACCUGCAGCACCCUUGGUAUUCCACCCACGCGCUGAGGUCAUCCCACCAGCUCUACCAGCUCCUUGGCCCGUAAAUGGUCCUUUGCUAUCACCCUGGGGUAGAUCCGACAACGAAGCUAUCAUCGAAUAAACUCGAAUCCCAAUGUCUGAUUAAGGUUCCAUUUGCACCUAGUUAUCCCUAUACUGCCAUAAUAACAGUCUUGACAGAUUUGAGGGACAGAGAUAUGCUGAUAAAAAUUAAAUCAAGCAAAUAGAAC